AUGCGCAUAAGGAAGCCAUUCGCUGGCGUUUUCGUAGCCCUAAUCCUUAUUUCCGCUGCUGCCGGCUUCUCCCCAUCCGACUACUCAAUCCCCUCCUACAAGCAAUCCGACAAAGUGCUGCACUUCGUCGCUUUCUUCCUGCUCAGCGUCGCAUUCUAUUGGAUCCUCGAAACUUCGCGGCGCAAAGUACUGCAAUUCACAUUCGUUGUAUGCACAAUUGGACUGGGCGUUGCGAGCGAGGUUGUUCAAGGACUGUUACCUAUCCAACGCGAAUUCGAUCCCUAUGACAUCGCCGCCAAUGUCAGUGGCUCCCUCAUCGCCAUCGCCAUAUGCAACUGGUACCACAAGCGCAUGAUUGAGCGCAAACGGGCUGCGCGCGGCUAUAACGCUGUUGCGGGAGACGAUGAUCUAGAUAUUGAGCUGGGCGAGGGCGUGGGCGGACAGGAGACGGGUGUGGUCAGGCCGACAGUGGAUGAUGAGUUGGACCAUUGGGACGAAAACGAAGAGGAUUGGGAAACUACGGAUCCGGAUCCUGUCAUUGGAAACGGGGUGAACGCGGCAACAGUUGUGGCGGUUGCAGACGAUGUGGAAGACGGGAAGAAGCGCAGUGAUUGA